GGCGCUAGAGUUGCCUUUGCCAUUAACAACAUCUGUGUGCUUGUGUGCUGUGUAUACCAGCAAAUAAAAUUUUAAGCGGCGGCGAAGGCAGCGAGCGGCGCGCUGCUUCUGGUUUUUUAAAUGUAUUAUUCUUAUGUUAACAUACUUAUCAGAUAUAAUUAAUAAAUGUAAAGUCAGUACAGUGCAACUGCUUGGCGAAAUGAAAACGCAAAUGAAAAAUCGCAAUAGUUUUGUUUGAAAUUGGGUCGCGGCGCAAACAAGCACGUAUAUGCUGUUACCUAUGGGAGAGGAAAAGACGGAAUCUCGGGAGACAAUUGCUGCAACUUCUUUGAUCAAUCAAGUGGACGCCAACGCCGACUACGACGACAGCAAUAGCAGUAAAAGCGACGUCGACGGCAAAAAGAUCAAGCGUACAACAAGAAGACAAACUAAGCAACCAGAGACAAACGAAGAAGAAGAAUGUAACAAUGUCAAAGAGAAUUCAAGAAAAACAAACGAUACAGCUAUUGAUGGAAACAGCACAGGUACAAAAAAUAGUGACGACAUUAAUGGAAACGGAGAUGCAGCCAAUUCACUAACCGAAGCUGGUAGCUCUGAUGAUCAAACCGUUGCAGGGAAGCCGGCAUUCAAAAUAAGUAUUGUGCCCCUGGAGAAACUGUUGGCCCAGCCAGACAAUAACAGCAACAACACGAGAGCAACAAGAAACUCGAACAACGCUAAAAUUCAAGCAAAAACUUCAAAUUUACGAACUGUCUCUGCUCGAUCGUCGUUAAGAAGCCGGAACAAUAACGUUUCCAUAGUCGAACUCAGCGAUAGUGAGCAGGACACUGACGAAGAGGAUAUUAUAGUGCGAAAUCCAAUUCGCAAAGCACGUAUCAAUUCAUCAUCAUCGUCCCACUCCCUUCAGGAGAAAUUGAAAGGGCGUCCAGAGAAGCAGCCAAUUAAAAAUAGUUUGCUUUCCAAGCUUCUAAUUGAUAGCGAUAGCACUGUUAACGAGGAUCCAAUCAAGAAGGUUCGUCGUUGUGUCGUUCGUGUAAAGCGUGCUAAGCUGCCCGCAACAGCAAGAACAAAAACUACAACAAAGUCAACAGCAAAAUCUGCCGAAAAAUCGACAACUGCUGCAAACGACAUAAAAGUGGAAAAGAAACGAAAGAUGAGCAGCGACUCUGAGAAAAUGGAAAAAGCGAGCACUUCGAAGCGAAGCCGGCGCAAUAAAAGCGAAAGCGAGAGCGAUAGCGAUUACAAAGAUGCCGUUGAAGAAGCGGAAUCGGAAAAGGAACAAAGUGAUAACAAAUCGGAUGCCGAAGCUCAGGAGGAUGCCCAUAGCAGCGGCAGUGAGGUGAUGCCACAACGAAAGCGUCGCAGUUUUGUGGGCAAAAAGAAUGCGGGAUCGGCAAACGAUUCGUCCGAUUUUGAGCCGGACGAUAAGAAGAAAAAGAAACGGCGACGCAUUAAAAAGAAUUCCAGCGGCGACAGUGAUGAUGAUGAGAAGAACAAGAACAAGCGAAAACACAUUCGUAAAAUAAUCAAGACUAAAGAUUUAGACUUGACCACCAAGGAGGCCGCCAAAGAGGAAGAUGAUCGACGCAAACGUAUCGAGGAGCGUCAGAAGCUCUAUAAUCGGAUCUUUGAGAAAUCCGAGAGCGUUGAAAUUAGGGAGCUGGUGUUGGACUUUGAUGAGGACUCGAAGAAGGCGCUGCUGCAGGUGGACAAAGGAUUGCUGAAGAAGCUAAAGCCACAUCAGGUGGAGGGCGUCAAGUUUAUGUGGGAUGCCUGCUUUGAAACGAUAAAAGAGAGUGAAAAGAGCGCCGGAUCCGGUUGCAUUUUGGCCCAUUGCAUGGGUCUGGGCAAGACACUACAAGUGGUGACCUUAUCGCACACAUUGCUGACCAACUCUCGACGCACGGGCGUGGAACGUGUGUUGGUCAUAUCGCCACUUAGUACCGUCAACAAUUGGGCACGUGAGUUUGUCCACUGGAUGGCAUUUGCCCAUCGCCGGGACAUUGAGGUCUAUGACAUUUCACGCUACAAGGACAAACCGACGCGCAUCUUCAAGCUGAACGAAUGGUUCGAAGAAGGCGGCGUCUGUAUCUUGGGCUACGAUAUGUAUCGAAUUCUGGCCAAUGACAAGGCCAAAGGUUUGCGCAAAAAGCAACGGGAGCAACUGCAGCAAGCCCUCGUCGAUCCAGGCGCCGAUCUAGUCGUCUGCGACGAAGGACACUUGCUAAAGAACGAGAAGACAUCCAUCAGCAAGGCUGUCACCCGUAUGCGGAGCAAGCGACGCAUUGUGCUCACUGGCACACCGCUUCAAAACAAUCUCAAAGAAUACUAUUGCAUGAUACAAUUUGUGAAGCCAAAUCUGCUGGGCACAUAUAAGGAAUAUAUGAAUCGGUUUGUCAAUCCAAUUAGCAACGGACAGUACACGGACUCCACAGAUCGCGAUUUGCGUUUGAUGAAGCAUCGUUCGCAUAUUCUACACAAGUUACUUGAGGGCUGCAUCCAACGUCGGGAUUACUCGGUGCUGGCACCCUAUUUGCCGCCCAAGCAUGAGUAUGUUGUGUACACCACAUUGUCGGAGCUGCAACAGCAGCUGUAUGGCUAUUAUAUGACAACGCAUCGGGAUCAGGCCAGCUCCGAUAUCUGCGGCAAGGGGGCACGUCUGUUUCAGGAUUUUCAGGACUUGCGACGGAUUUGGACGCAUCCAAUGAAUCUGCGCGUCAAUAGCGACAAUGUCAUUGCCAAGCGCUUGCUCAGCAACGAUGACUCUGAUGAAAUGGAAGGUUUCAUAUGUGAUGAGUCCGACGAGGAGGAGGCCGCAUCUAAUUCAUCGGAUAGCGCUGAAUCAUUCAAAUCGGAUGCUAGCUUAACUCUCGCAUCAACAGAUGCCGCUGGCGGCAGCAAAGUUAAAAGUCGCAAGACACGCAAUGGCGUACGCUCUGGAUUGGUGGAUAGCGAUUCGGAUGUUGAACUUCUGAGUGGUCCAUCAGUGCAGAAGGAUGAUCCCUCCGAAUGGUGGAAACCGUUUGUCGAGGAAAAGGAGCUAAACAACGUUAAUCAUUCCCCCAAGCUGCUCAUGCUGCUGCGAUUACUGCAACAGUGUGAGGCCAUUGGUGAUAAGCUGCUCGUCUUCUCGCAGUCUCUACAAUCCCUGGAUGUCAUCGAGCAUUUUCUCUCUUUGGUUGACAGCAAUACCAAGGGCUAUGAAUUUGAAGGCGAUGUUGGCAACUUCAAGGGCUGCUGGUCACCGGGCGAGGAUUAUUUUCGUUUGGAUGGCUCCUGCAGCGUGGAGCAGCGUGAAGCCAUGUGCAAGAAGUUUAAUAAUGCCACCAAUUUGCGUGCAAGACUCUUUCUCAUCUCGACACGUGCUGGCGGAUUGGGCAUUAAUCUGGUGGCAGCCAAUCGUGUGGUCAUCUUUGAUGUCUCAUGGAAUCCCUCGCACGACACUCAAAGUAUCUUUCGUGUUUAUCGCUUUGGACAGGUUAAACCAUGCUACAUAUACCGCUUAAUUGCCAUGGGCACCAUGGAGCAAAAGGUUUAUGAGCGUCAGGUGGCCAAGCAGGCAACUGCCAAGCGUGUCAUCGAUGAGCAGCAGAUCUCUAGGCAUUACAAUCAAACGGACUUAAUGGAAUUGUACACGUAUGAGCUAAAACCGAGCGCUGAGCGUGAGAUGCCGCUGUUGCCCAAGGAUCGCCUUUUUGCCGAAUUGUUGACGGAGCAUGAGAAGCUGAUAUUUAAAUACCACGAGCAUGACUCAUUGCUCGAACAGGAGGAGCACGAGAAUCUUUCCGAAGAGGAGCGUAAAUCCGCCUGGGCUGAGUACGAGGCGGAAAAGACGCGUGCUGUUCAAGCGUCUCAGUACAUGAGCUACGAUCGGAACGCUUUUGGUGCGCAGGUGGCCAGCCAGUUUGGCAAUGCCUCUGGAAGUGUUACAUCAAAUAAGAUCUUUGGCUUCCGCUCGGAUAUUUUGCUGCAGUUGCUCAACAUGAAAAUAUCCAAAGAUCAUCCGGAGCUAACACAGAAUCAGGUCAUACAGCUGGUACCCAACUAUCUGCAGCAGCUAUACAAUGAGAUGAACAAUGGUGAUCCGACCAUGUACAAGGAUCUACUUCAGCUCCACACGCACAUUGUGCAUCCCAGCGGCCUGUACAUGAAUCCCUUGCUCUAUGCCAAUCAAAAUCCCUCGGCAGCGGGUUACAAUCAAGCCACCGGACAGCCGGCAGAUGGCGCUGCCGUGCCCAAUGCCAAUCCACCAGGUUUUGAAGCGGAUAAGGUAUACGAGAUUGACUAGAUCAAACGAACUUGUGUGGAAAUCCAUCAUGCGCACACUGUGACUGGUGAGAGAGAAUUGAAUGGAUCGUGAACGAGAUAUCGAUGGCCUCAUCCACAUAAAUAUAUAUGUGUUUUAUUUCAAUUCGGAUUUAAUGUUAGUUAAUUGAUAACUUAUUUUUUCAUUGGAAUCAAAGUGACGACUUAAUCGUUUCGAUUUCUCACAUUUAUACAUAAAUAUAGCCCAAGCAUAAGUUUAUAUAGUUUUUAUGCCUGAAUUAAAUUUAAAACUGUCCUAAUACAUUUAGAAUUACUCUAGAUACCGAUACCAAUACCAACUUACAGACAAAAUGAAAUAAACACACAAGCAAACAUAUAUUGAGUUAUAUAUACAUAGAUAUACAGUAGCUAUUAUACGUGAUCUUUCUCAUUAAAGGUCUACAAAAUCUAACUACACACGCAGAAAAAUAACAAUAAAUGGCACAGAAUACGAUAAAAAA